GCUUUAUUAAUUUCUAUCUUCUAGGAUUUAACAUUCCAAGGAUCUGCUUAUCCAAUGUCACCACUUGGAGUUCCCGGUGUUCCUGGUGCUGGUGGCACAGCUGCUGUUCCUGGAGCUCCUAAAUCAAAAGAAAAACUUUCAGAUGCACUUAAGUCAUGCAAUGAAAUUCUUAAGGAACUAUUUUCUAAAAAACAUUCUGGAUAUGCAUGGCCAUUUUAUAAACCUGUAGAUGCAGAACUGUUAGCUUUACACGAUUACCAUGAUAUUAUAAAAAAGCCAAUGGAUUUAGGAACUGUCAAACACAAAAUGGACAAUCGUGAAUAUAAAAGUGCUCCAGAAUUUGCUGCUGAUGUGCGAUUAAUUUUUACUAAUUGUUAUAAAUAUAAUCCACCAGAUCAUGAUGUAGUUGCCAUGGGUCGCAAGCUGCAGGAUGUUUUUGAAAUGCGUUAUGCAAAUAUUCCCGAUGAACCUGUUGCAAAUGCACAUGCUGCAGCAGCGGCUGCAGCACACAAUGCUCUUACAAGUAUAAAACAUGAAGCGUCUGAUUCUUCUUCCGAUGAGUCUUCAGAUACGGAAAAUGAAUCAAAUUCAGACGAGGAACGAAAUGCCAAGUUGAAAAUGCUUGAAACUAAACUGUUGGAUUUACAAGAAGAAAUGCGUAAAUUGAUGGAAGAAGCAUCCAACAAGAAGAAGGCAAAAAAAAAAUUAAAGGAAAAGAAAAAGGUCGGUGCAAGCGGUGUUCUUAGUGGUGGUGGAAUUACCCAAGGAGGGAAUAAUUUAGGCACAGGCGGCGCCGGCGUCGCCACGUUGGGAAAUUUGCAUAGUCAUGAUCUAACAACAGCAAUAGCAAUAGGUCAGUUAAAUGUUGCAAACAAAGGGACUCCAAUGGCAAGUGUAACAGGAACAGUUGUGAGUGCAGUAGUGAAUAAAAGUGCUAAAGUUAAGGGGCCACGUGGCCCAAAAGCUAGUGGAGCAUCAGUUGCGGCAUCAGGAGCAGGAAGUGCAACUAUAGGUAAUAAACGAGCGAAAGGGAAUGCGAGCACUAGUGUAAUUGCUGCUACUGCUAGUGGAGUAGCGCGUGGUCCGAAUAAGAAGAAACCUAGCCAAGUAAUGAAUUUUGACUCUGAAGAGGAAGACACAGCUAAACCAAUGUCAUAUGAUGAAAAACGUCAACUGUCCUUAGAUAUAAAUAAAUUGCCAGGUGAUAAACUCGGAAGAGUGGUCCAUAUUAUCCAAAAUCGUGAACCAUCGCUGCGGGACUCUAAUCCAGAUGAAAUUGAAAUAGAUUUCGAAACAUUGAAACCGUCGACGUUACGAGAGUUGGAAAGUUAUGUAGCAUCAUGCCUACGCAAAAAAACUCGUAAGCCUUACUAUAAAAAACCAUCAGGUAAAUCAAAAGAUGAACAAAUGGCUGAGAAAAAACAAGAAUUGGAAAAACGUUUACAAGAUGUUACUGGACAGUUGGGAAGUAACAAAAAAGCAACUAAGAAAGGUAAUAGUUAAAUAUUUAUUUCUAAAAUUGGCUU